AGGAUUUCGGGUGUACAACAUCAUUCAACUCUCUGGGUAAGAAACUACCCAGAGAGUGUGGCUGGAGACAGUUUAACAUGAUUUAUUGUUAUGAAAUGAACAGUAGGCUGGAAGCUAUUGCAACCUUCACCAUGUGUCCAGCACUGGAACCAACAAAAAUUGGUCGAUUAUAUCGGUAGUAACAAAUGGAUUGAGUUUUGAUCCUUUGCCAAUCGUAGCAAGCCAGACACGAAAUCCUGCAUAUUGCUAUCCUGGUGUGUGGUAUCAUUUUUUGUUUUUGUUUUUUGUUCUUUGAGGGGAUGUAGUAUCAGAUCUCGGUGUUGGUUCAGUUCUCUGGUAAGUCAAGCACGUACUCCCUCCUUCCGUCCGGAAUUAGUUGUCGUGCAGAUGGAUGUAAUUCCGGACGGAGGUAAAUCAGGGUGUGAUUGUGAUGCCGUGGUGUGCCAGUUGCAGGGUUGCUCAUUUGUAGCUCAAGUUCAAGGGGCAUCAUGCUUUCUCGCAAGCUCCCGUGGAACCUGGCGACGGGACGGGUCUAACUUUGCAACCCUGGUCUAAAAUCUGCAAGUUGCAACUGGCACAGCGGCACGAGUAUGGAAAUAUGUACCCGGAAAAGUCUAGUCCAAAUAUCAUGACACGAGUCAGCGCACGCGCGGUCGGUCGCUGGUGGAGGAGUUUAUACCCUUCCGUUCCACCGAAUGGACAGAAGCAAGGAGUGCUCCAUCAGUCCUUUCCUCGUCCCACCCCCGCUUCCGCUUCCGGCGACCGCGUGCCGCACCGGGGACAGCGGCACCCACCGGACCGGAGGAGGAGAUGGAGACGGCGCCGGGUUCGCGCUGCCGCCGGUGCCUGGAGAUCCUGUGCGCCGUCCUCCUCCCGCCGCUCGGCGUCUACCUCCGCCACGGCUUCUGCUCCAUGCGGUUCUUGAUCAGCGUGCUGCGCACCAUCAUCGGCUACUACUUUUGCCUUCUCUUCGUUAUUCAAGCCCCCGUCAUGGGUUACGUGCGGAACUGCCUCACCUUCUUCUGUGUCUUGCUCCUCGUCGCAUUCCUCAACUGCCCCAGUAAUGGCGCUAACGACGACGUCGACGACUCCGCCACCGCCGCCUCCUCCGUCCUGGUCGCCUGACCGUGUUUGAAGAUUCCAUGCCGUGUGGAUUGCCAGGCCCACAACGAGAUUAUUUGGGCGAGGUCUUGUCACUGUACCAAAAUUGAGUUGACCCACUUAAAUCCAACCUCCUUAUUGUGCCUCCUUGUGUUUUUUUACAAAAGGGUGAAUUCUAGCUUAAAAACGGAGCAUCAAAGUGAUAUACAAUUA